CCAGAAUCAUUUGAGUCAGUGAGGCAUUAUCUGAGGUCAUUUGUUUCCCCUUUACUGGAAGAAACUCGAGCAGAACUAUCUUCAUCAAUGGGCGCAAUAUCCAGUGCACCUUUUGCUGAAGCGAUCUCUGUAAAAGAGUCCAAGCCAUAUGGAAAACUAUUAUAUGAUGUUAAGGUUGAUUAUUGGCGAAACAUAUCUAAUAAUCACGGCAAGGAGCCUUAUAGAGCAUUGCUUGAGAUGUUUUUGUUUUUACCGAAUCAAAACUGGAAACCAUUUCUGAUUUGCAACGUGAGGGGAGGCGAUGGAUUUUGGGUAACAUCACUAAUAUAUCAGGGGAUGAUGAAGGUAGAAACAAUCCAACUCUAUUUAAAGUCAAAACAUCUAAUGGCCUUGGAGUGAAGGAUGGAAUGAAGAAAAUUUUGUAUGUAACCUUCUUGAUGAACAUGACUACUUCGGAAAGAAUAUGGAAUGCAUUGCACAUGCUUGGGAAUCUGGAGGUUAUUAAGAAAGUUUCGUGCACCGACUCUGAGGCAAGAAUUGUGCCGAAUUUUAUUGCACUUCUUUUGUUGUCUCUAAUUUUAUUUUUCAAGCUAGUCAAAGAGAUCUACAUAAGAAAGGACUUGGGCGCAGUUUGUGGAUUUGUAUUUAUUACUGAUCGAUGUGGUGAUUUGAAUAUCAUUUCAUAAUUUAUUAUAUUUGUUUUUCUUUUUUGUUGUUUUCAUGAUUUGAUUAUGGUUAACAGGUUGAAGAAAUUUGUACUCAUUGUCCUGUAGAAGAAAGGAAUGAAAUAUGGGCAGAAAAUUUUGGUUUAUCAUCUAAGCUGAAUGAGUCCCAAUACAGGGCAGUGGUUGCUUCUAUUCGUAAGAUGCAGUGUAACCACAAGUCUUUUGAUGAACUUAUUUGGGGGGCUCCAGGAACAGGGAAGACUAGAAUGCUCAGCGUAUUACUGUGGACACUCCUACAAUUGAAAUGUAGGACCCUAGCCUGCGCACCAACAAAUGUAGCAAUUACAGAAGUGGCAUCUCGAGUCCUUAAGCUGGAGAAGGAGUCAUUUGAAACAGCUGAUGGAAGGGAUGUUACAUUUUGCUGCUUGGGAAAUAUUCUCCUAUUUGGUAAAAAGAACCAAAUCAAAGUUGGUUCCAGCAUCGAAGAGAUAUAUCUGGAUUAUCGUGUUGAAAAGCUUGCUGAGUGCUUCGGACCAUUAAAUGGUUGGAAGCAUUGCUUCAAUUCCAUGAUAGAAUUUCUUGAAGGGUGUGUAUCACAGUACCAAAAUUUCUGUCUUAAUGAAAAGAUUAAUGAUAAAGAACCCAUCAACAGAAAUGGCAAUGUCAAGGUGGAGCAUAAUUCGUUCCUUGAGUUUAUGAAACACUGCUUCUGA